CAGCGAUGCAUCGGUCACCGGUGGUGAGGGCCAGGAAGAGAACUUGUGUAGAGCCCUGGGUUAUUGGCCUCAUCUCUUUUUUAUCCCUGAUUGUCCUCGCCGUGUGUAUUGGACUCACGGUUCACUAUGUUAGAUACAAUCAAAGGAGGACCUACCAUUACUACAGCACAUUGCCAUUCACAAGUGACAAGCUGUAUUCUGAAUUUGGAAGAGAGGCUUCUAAAAAUUUCACAGAAAUGAGCCAGAGAAUUGAAACUAUGGUGAAAAAUGCAUUUUAUAAGUCUCCACUGAGGGGACAACUCAUCAAGGCUCAUAUCAUCAAGUUCAGUAAAGAAUAUGAUGGAGUGUCAGCUCACAUGCUACUGAUUUUUCGAAUUCGCUCUACUGAGGACCCUGAAGCUGUGCAUCAAAUUAUUGAACAUGUUCUGCAUGAAAAGCUGAAAUAUGUUCCAGGACCCCCCACAGUAGAUCCUGACUCAGUUGAAAUUAAAAAAAUCAACAAGACAGAAACAGACAACUAUCUCAACCAUUGUUGUGGGACACGGCGGAAUAAAUCUACAGCGCAGACUGGUCUCAGGAUUGUGGGAGGGACACAGGCAGGCGAGGGAGAAUGGCCAUGGCAGAGUAGCCUGCAGUGGGAUGGGUCCCAUCGCUGUGGAGCAGCUUUGAUCAAUAACACAUGGCUCGUGAGUGCUGCUCACUGCUUUCGAACGCACAAGGACCCAUCCAGAUGGACUGCUUCCUUUGGGGCCACAAUACAACCUCCAAAACUGAGGACAGGCAUCCGGAGGAUAAUUGUUCAUGAAAAAUACAGUUACCCAUCGCAUGACUAUGACAUUGCACUCGUACAGCUUUCUAGGCCGGUCCCCUGCACAAAUGCAGUGCACAAGGUUUGUCUCCCCGAUGCAAACCAUGAAUUCCAUUCGGGGCAGAAGAUGUUUGUGACAGGAUUUGGAGCAGUGCAAAAUGAUGGAUUUACCCAGAGUCACCUUCGGCAAGUACAGGUGGACUACAUAGACACUCAAACCUGCAAUCAACCUCAAGCAUACAAUGGCGCCAUCACUCCUAGGAUGUUGUGUGCUGGCUUCUUAAGAGGAGGGAAAGAUGCAUGCCAGGGUGACUCUGGAGGACCACUGGUUGCUCCAGAUGUUAGAGAUAUCUGGUACCUUGCUGGAAUAGUGAGCUGGGGAGAUGAAUGUGGCCAACCAAAUAAGCCUGGUGUUUAUACUAGGGUGACUGCCUUUCGGGACUGGAUUGCAUCAAAUACUGGUCUCUAAAGCAGAAGGACCCAGUGGGAUGAAAUGGAUGUUUUAGUCUGUAGGAUGUUCUUGGAGACACACAGCUGCAAAAAAAAAUCUUUAUAAAUCAGGAGGACCUGAACCACUACACUGAACAAUCUGAAGUGUACGUUUCCUUCCUAGCUUUGUUCUUUAUACAAGCAUCUUGAUUCUUCCAGAGUGACUCUGCCAACCUGUACUCUUUCAUUUUCUACAAGUUUCCUGUCGCCAAAAUUUGACUUACUGAUCCAAAGUGCUCAUGCAUACUUACAAUUUGAAGCAAGCCCUUCAUUUAUCUCACCAGCUUCUCUCAUAUUAGUGAAUUUCUACUUUUCAAGGGCAAGAUGAAGAGUGAAAUAAAGUGGGAAAUGAAAAGGAACUACAAUUUUUAAUGUACAGAAAAACAUUAGGGAUUUUAAAAAAUAGAAUGUGAGAAAUGAUCACAUUCAUUAUAAGAGAUCAGCAAGCAUGUACAGCAACAGACUGGUCAAAAUUUCAUGUUGGAGAAGAAGUUGAAGAAAUGGAGAAACUAAUAUAUAGCUAAAUUCUCUUCCUAAUUGACUAACAAGAGCAACAUGAAAAUGAUUGUUUCCUAUGGCUACAAUAAUCACACAAACUCUUUAUAAUGUACUUGUUAUGAGCAAAUCAAAGAAAAUAAUAUCUAUUUGCAAUUGGCAUGCAUAGGCUGUCAACAUACAAUCAAGAAUGAAAUAAAUCACUUACUUGCUUGACAUUGCAACAUGAAAGCUAAUGAAGAAAUGAAGGAUGAGGAGAAUCUUACCAAUAAAACUACUGGAAAUUCUCUUAGGGUUUGAAGGUAGAUUAAAAGUUUAUUUCAAAGUAGUCAACAUACCUUACAUGGUAAAAUAAUUGUAUAGUUGAAUGGAACUCAAAAGACUCAGUCUAAACUAAUCACUGUGCUGGGAUAAUCCUGAACCCUUUCCAAAGGGCAGAUUAUGACUGAAAUAAAGUUCAGAUAUUGGUGUAUAAUAGUAGUGAUAUGGCUGCAGCUGGGACUUGGUCUUCUAGUUUGAGAUGACAGCAGAUGUGCUCCCUCUGCUGUCAGUUUCAGACUGUGCAUGAAAAGUGGGCUUGUGACAUCUGUCUAUGCUGAGAUGUCACUCAGCUGGGAUGAGACCACAGGAAUGACCUCCUGGAAGCUGCAUCUACAUUGUGCUGCGUUAGUACCCACUUCAACACAAGACUGAAGAGAAGAAGCCGGAUACUGGCCACUUUUGUGAUUUCAGUUUGAUAAAUUAUUGCUGAGACAUUAGAUACCCUAGAUUCAAAGGAUCCAUCCAGACCAUAAUGAAAUUAGGACUGAUAACAUGUUUAUGGUAAGAUUUCACCAAGGCAUUCAGCAGCCAUCUCCUCAUUGCACACAGACUAUAAAAGAAUAUAGAAUAGAGCGCAUAGUACCAUAGUAUAGCCAUUGUGAAAACCAAUGUUAUCAGGAAAAAUGUUGACUUAUAUUAACUCAAAUAAUAUUCACCUUAACAAUUGAUAAAAUUUAGGCACUUCUCUAAGAUAAGAUAUGAAAACUAACAUGAAUUGUCAAUGUUUAAUAUUCUGAAUUAUUGCUGUUCUUUUUAAUAAGCUCUUUGGGGGAAAGUUCAUAAAAUGAUGAACUUUUUUGGUGAAAUUAUUUAGGCCACUCCACGUAGUUAAAAGGGAGG